AAACAAGAACAACAAACAGCACAUUUUCAAUUUAGUUUCACUUUUGUUUUUGUGGUGUGCUUUUAUAAUUGAAGCAAUUCUCUUUAAAACAUGAGAAUUAUUGCAAACAGUAAUGUCUGCAAGGCUUUGAAAUGAGAAAUCAGAUUAUCACUACUCUACUCACUAAGCCACAGUUCCUCAAACUGUUAACUUAUUCCAUAUAAUAACAUUUGAAAUACUCUGCUUUUUAAUACAUUGCUGCAGUGUAGUCGUGUUUUUUCCAAAAAUAAAAAAAAUACAGACUUUGACCAUUUAUUUCAAUUUUUUUUUAUACAUAAUGUAACAUUUACCCAGUUCAAUAAAUACACAAAACAAUACACAAAAAGGUUGAAGAAUCUUUUAUCUCAGUUGAUAGGAGCCUCUUAUGGCCCCAAAUCGUGAGUUGUCAAUAUCUGUUCCCUCAAGCUUUCAAAAGUUCUUCUCAUUUUUUUUGUCAGACAAGAUCUGAACUACGGCUACCCCAUUUCAGAAUUUGUUUUUGAUGCACUCUUUGACCGACUAUGAUACUGAAAACAAAUGUUGCUUAGCAGAUACCCGCAGGCUGGGGUUGAAACUGACUGUUGUUUGGCGCCGUUUAUGUUUUCACUGACGGCAACGAAAACCCAGUUUUGUCAGAAAAUAACCCAUGAUUCACGAUUCGUACAGAGGGCAUUGUGUUCUUUUGAACAUGGCCAUCAUUAUGUCCAUGUCAAAGUCUCCUUAUGAAAUUUUGUUGCAAAGUUACAGAUCUGUUUCGGACCACAACACAUUCCCAGAAAGAUACUGGGGGCAAUUUCAGCAGGUCUGGAUGUUUUUUAUAUUUGCAAAUAAUAAAUGGCUCAUUUCACAGUUCAUACACGUGGAGAGAGCAGGAUGUUGUUGUCACAUGUAUCAGAUUCAUACAGUUACGUCACUUUUGCUGUCAGCUAUUUGGCAGCUUUCCUGAUAACUGCCAUCUCAACUGUUUUUUGCUUGUUUGUUUUGAAGACAUUAAAGUUUUAGUAAUGUACCUGUUGUUAAUCAUUUCUUCCAAUAUCAAUCACUCUUUUCUGUGACAUAUUAUAUUUUGACAAACAUGUGGAGUAUUUGCCUUUAAAACACAUAAACGUGAGAGGAUCUUAUUUUAUCCAGUGAGGGAACAGGAACUUCCCCUCCCGAUGGUUCCCACAAAAUUGGGAGUUUCGUAUUGUCCAAGAUGUUUUAGUAAGUCCAAGAAUUAAGAAAGUAAGAAAACACUGAAAGCAAGGUCUAUGAGCAGUUGAAAAGAAAAGUAAAGAGUUCAAUCCACCCUGAACCAAGCUUCCCUGCUAAAUGCAGAGUCAUGUCUACUUCACUGGACAUUCAGAGGAACGAUUCCUCACUCCACAAAAUAAAACCUCUCCAUGUCUUUACAGUCCUGUGAUCACAUGUUUUACUCCAGUGGGUUCAGUGGUUUGACUGGGCUUGGUGAAGUAAGGCUCCAGCUCUCCAACUCAACGUUCUUGAGCUAAUGUGAGGUUUGGAGGUCUGUAGCUAUCAACUCCUCAGAAAGUAUCCGACUUCUAGCCACUCUGCACUUCAGCAUCCUCAACAGCAGAACAUACAGAAGCAAAGACAUUUCAUUAAAGGAUUAAUUGCACAGGUGGAGUCCAAUGCAUUGUAGAAAUGGUUUGCAUGCUGAGGUGUUGGAUUUUAUACAUCUGUGAUCAUGAAAGUGAUUGAGCAACAGCAUUUCACAAUAUAUCGUAUGCAAUAAUGCUUUAGAUUUCUCCAACCGAUAGGGUUGCACAAUGAGAUGCUUUUGCUCUUCUGUAACCUUCCUGCAAACAAUGGCUUUGAUGAGCAAAUCCUUGGAAAACCCCAAUAAAACAUAUAUUUUACUUCUCAUUCAUCCGUUUUUUUUUUUUUUUCUAUAAUUGAUGAGUUAUGCGAGCCUGUGGCUACUAAACUGAAACACGAUGUUUUACCCAGCUACUUAACGGGUGUUCGCAAUUACGCAACUGCACCUUUUCAUGUCGUGUCUCUUUUCAGACGUUUUUAAUUAACUUGCUUCACCCGUACGUCAAAUUACAAGAGGUAAAAUCACAUGCCGUGGUCUAAUUUUUUACAUCACAAAAAAACAGGCAUUUUAACAGGGUUGUGUACAAUUUCGCCUUGCCUUAUCACCUUUAUCACAACUGAUGCAUCACAUGUCCAUAUCCUACCCUACCCCAUAUUUUCCAGUAAAUUACAAUGACAUAAGGAACCAGAACUUCAAAAACCACAGGAUGUGUGUGGGUUCCAAAAAGCUGAGUCAGUGUCUCAAUACCAAGAAAACUGUCGUGCUCAAAGUUUUGAGUGCUGAUUAACCUCGCAGGGUCACACUCAGGUUUGAGCCAAAGGGGGAAGAGGUAGGAGGGGAAAAGACCCAUGCAAGACCAGACAGGAUUCAUGACGGAAGCUGACUACUUAAAUGAGAUCUGCAAAAGGGAUGUGCUUUCAUUCAUUGCCACUGGAGGACAACCAGAAGUUGAAAAACAAAGUUCAUUUUUCAAGAUGUGCGUCCCUCUGGCCCUGUUGUUCGUCUCUCUAAUGGCAGCUCCUGAGUGCUCAAGUCUUCCAACAAAGACCGACUCCAUCAGAAGCAACAUACACAACAUAGUAAACAUUGCUCAGAUAACUCUGGUCCACAUAGACAAACUAAACAAUAAGACGCCCCUACAGGUAGAGGUCUCCACUCCUCCCAUGAACGGAUUAACUGAUAUCAGCCUCUACCUCGGGCAUUUAGAUGACGAGCUGCAGAGCCCCUUCACGAAUCGGCUGAGUCAGAUUCAAGCUGACGUUUCCAGCCUGGACUCCAGGGUGCGCUCUCUCGCCUUAAUGUUGGACUGCCCCAUCCAGGACAAACCGAGUGUGGAGCCCAGGGACCUUUUGUUCCCUGACAGCCAGCACUAUGUGACGCUGGCGAAGGUGCAGCACUACCUGGAGAACCUCCCUUCAAAUGAGGAGAAACUUAAGGUUUGCUGACGAACACACAUGGAUUUCAAAUGCAAUAUGAUGCAAUGAUGUCAAUAGUGGUGCCUAAAAAUGUUUUUUUUUUAUUUGAAAAUACAGUAUAUAUAUUUUAUAUUUUAUAUGAAUAGAUGUUUUUUUACAGA